AACAUCUUAAACAACUUCCGAAGAGCGAGAAACACAUCAGACUCUCCACGCGCCGGACAAUCUGAAGAUGAGAACAACACACAUACUAACCUUUCCCGCUCUUCUCAUGCUGCUCUACAUUCCUUGCUCAGAUCCUGUUACUGUGACGACAAGCAAAGCAAAAGUGGAAGUACAUGAAAACACAAAUGCUGUCCUUUCCUGUGAGUUCAGGACAGAGAAAGAAACAAACCCACGUGUUGAAUGGAAGAAGAGAGGCAAAGAGGUUUCAUAUGUUUAUUUUGAUGGCGAUUUUACAGGUGCAUUUAAGAGCCGUGCGUCCAUCGACGGGGCAACAAUGACCCUCCGUGGUGUCACACAGAAAGACUCGGGAGUGUAUCAUUGCGAAGUCACAGCCCGCCAAGACAAAAUCAAGCUGGGGGAGGUCACCGUCACCCUCAUUGUGCUUGUGCCGCCAAAUGCGCCGUCAUGUGAGGUUCCAGAAACAGUCAUGAAAGGAUUUUCUGCGGAGCUCCACUGUAAAGACAAACUCAGCGUUCCUGCUGCCACCUACAGCUGGUACAAAGACAACAAACUACUUAACACUGGCAAGCUCGCUGAAAUCAACUACACCCUGGACCCCAAAACAGGGACUCUGAAAUUCAAGACGGUAUCAAAAUCUGAUGAGGGUCAGUAUCGAUGUGAGGCAUCCAAUGGAGUGGGGGCACCCAAAAGCUGUGCAGGCCGGCAUAUGAAGAUAACUGAAUUUGAGCUCAACAUGACAAUAGUUAUAGCAUUAGAAGUGGGAGCGUUCCUGUUGCUUCUCUCGUGCUGUGUGUCCAUCUGUCUGUGCUGCAGACGAGGGUGCUGUCGACGCUGCCGCAAGAGUAAAGGAGAGACAAUACACAGCAGAACAAAGACCAGCUGUAACCCUCCAACAGAUCCGAGACGCUACAAACAUACCCAAUCCUUUGUGCUUUGAAGAGUGUGCACAUUUUGGACAGCUUCAUGCUUACAGAAGUGAAUUCAAUUGACCUCAAAGGCUAGAGAAUUAAAUAUUACAUCAAAUAAGCCUCUAUAUCUCUGCUUUGCUCUUAUGGGCCAUGAGAGCAGAAACACGCCCCCUGGUGGUGAGAAUUGAUUACAGUGGAACAAU